UGGCAACUUAAGAAGUCGACUUCUCUCCCCCCAACUACAGAGACAGACGGAAUUUUGUGUAUUUAUUUAUUUUGCAUGUGUAUGUGCGAGAUAAAUUCUCGAAAUUAGAAAGGUUUUUCUAAGAAAUCAAAAGUACCUACAUGAAAGUAUUUAACUUGCUGUCAUCUUUCUUAAACUGAUUAGAACACGAUAUUGUUUUUUGAACUCCUGAAAUGGCAGAGUUGCUUCGAAGGAGAAGACAAAAGUCGGAUGAUGAUUCAGAAAAAUCAUUUUCUGAAUCUGAUCUUGAAGUUGAAGAUUUAAACGAUAGUGCUAUUAGUUCAAAAGAUACUCCCGAAAAGGCUGUCCCACUUAAAACUGCUGAUGGCUCUGAGUAUGAAAGUGCAGAGGAAGAAGAAAAAAUUCUUGAAAAACCUAUCACCCUUGACCCUUUGACAGAACCCUGUGCUGAACCCUCAGAACACCUUUCAGGAACAAGUGAUAAUGAAGAAACUAGUCCUAAGGAACAGGAAUCUUUGUCAGAAUUGGUGGAUGAAGAAGGAGGAGAGGAAGGUAUUGCUGAAACGGAAGAUGUUGAAGGAGAAUUUUUGAAUGGUGAUGAUGCUCCUGAAAAUGGAUCUGAAGAUGAAGAGUUUGUCGAAGAAGAGAGGCAGCAAGGUGAUGGAGAGGAAUGUUCACCUGCGAGUGUAGCUGCUGAAAAGGAGUUAGAUUUUGAUGAAGAUCGAAGGAAUCCUCAGUAUAUUCCCAAAAAAGGAAUGUUUUAUGAACACGAUGACAGGGGGAAUAGUGAAGAUGUGAAAGAAAAACCUGAAGAACCUCCAAGGGAUAGGAAAAAGAAGUUAUGGCUUGAUGAAGGCAAAUGGGGUCAUGACCGUUUUCGUGAAGAAGAGCAAUUUCCUAAAUCACGUAAUGAAUUAAUAGAUACCUACGGGUAUGACAUUAGGAAUGAGGAUGGUCCUCCUCGAGCUAGAAGACGGCGACGUUACGGACGUGGACCCACCAAAUAUGACCGUAAUUGGGAAGAUGUAACAGCUUAUGGCAGGGAAAAGUUUAAAAUAUCCCCUAGGGGCUCCCCGAGAGGUCAGAGAGGAGUUGGCCGCUUUAGUAGGGGUGGAAAUCCUAGGUUCCGUGGUCGAGGGCAGCGUGCAUUGAAUUUCUCAGGGCCUAGAAAUGAGGAUGAGGAAGAAGGCCUGAAUACAAACACGGCUGAAAAUUUUGUUAAUAAUGAGAAUGGAGAAGCUGAAGUAAAGGAUGUAGAUGUACCUCCUGUCAUAAACCGGGAAGAUUUUCCUGCAUUGCCUACCAAAAAUAAUGAGCCGGAAGUGGAAGAACCUCCACUGAAUAGUUUCAGCAAAAGCCCACCUAAAAUUAUUGAGGCUCAAUCUGUUAGAACACUCACUUUUGAGAAUUCUAGUUAUGGUGGAAGAAAUUCUAUUGAAAGAAAUUCUGUUGAACGAGAUGUGCCUCCAAGAAGGGGCAAGACACCUCCCUUUAUUAAUAACCAUGAACGAGGAAACAGGCGCCCAAAUCCUCGUGGACAUCGAGGUUCUGGAAGGGGUGAUUAUGGUGGAAGAGGGGACUACAAUAGAAGAGGUAGAUCAAACAAUAAUCGUCAUAUAUCCCCACGUUUUCUUGAAAAUAAGGCUAACAACAACAAUCUCUGUAAUGAAAUGGAGCAGUUGUCACUAGAAGUUCAUGAAAAUCAUCAAAUUUGUAACGAAGAAAAUAUUAAUCAUGUUGAAAAUAAUGGUGAACUACCAAGUAAUCCUAAUAUGUCUGAAAUGGCCCUAAAAGGUGCUGGAGAUUCUUCUGGGCGUCCAAAACGAUACUCUUCUUUAAGGCAGCGAAGUCUUCCUGAAACUAGUACUUAUCCAACCCCUCCACCCCAACAAGUACCUCCUCAGCAUCCACCUUAUUAUGAAGCAGGGUAUCAAACGGCUCUGUACGCCCCAACAGAAAGCUGUGUUCCAACACCCAGUACGCAAAGCCAAACAGCUACAAGUGCCCCUCUCAUCACACCAUCUGCAUAUCAAACUUUUACCCCUCCUCCUUAUUCUGAAAGCUAUGGCCUUCGUAUGUCUGUGACACCACCUCCAAGGUUAUUUCCACAAGUGAGUGUACCUGCAGCUCAACCUAUUCUGGCACCACCACCCUGCAUAACACCCGCUCCAACUAUUAUGAAUUUCGCUCCACCACCUCCUCCAGCAGGGUAUCCGUUUACUUAUCCUCAAUUCACUACGCCACCACCUCAGCCACCUCCUGCACCCCCAAGUGAAAUAUUUCAACCAGGCAUAACUUAUUAUUAUCAACCAACUCAACCUCAACCUAUAAGGCCAACAACUGUACAACAAAAACGAGCAAAAGCCAUCCCCAUUGUACCUCCACCUGAAAGAGAAACAAAUAGGAAAGAAAAAAUUGACCCUACUCUGCCUAACAACAGUAGCCACAAAUAUACAGAUGAUGCUAAUGAAGCUGAUAGUGUUGAUAUUACUUCUGUUAGAACUGAGUCUUCACAAUUACAAUCCACUGUUGGUGUUGAAAGUUAAUAAUUGUUGUUUAAGUUUUAAUUUAUCUAGCAUAUGUUUUGACUUCUAGUUGAUGCUAAAUUUCAACAAAUCACCAAACUAAAAUUAUUUAUUCUUUAUUGCUAAACAUUUGUACUGUUUGAAUGUAGUGAUUAAGCACUUUCUGCCAUUGUUGGAGCUUUUUAUUAUUUUUCAUGCAACGUGGAGUUUGUGCAUUUUUAACUCUCUUGAUAUGAAAGGAUUGUCGAUACAUUAACUACAUUUUUUUUUUUUUUUUUUUACUAAAUAGGUCACAAUAAAGUGAAUGUUUUCAUGCAAAUGAUGUCAUCAAAUGGUUUAAUCAUGAUAAAUUUACCUUUAUUUGUACUGAUUUAAUUCAGAACUAUUCAUGUUAAACGCUUCAUAUAGCUGCUUUAUGUGUUAGAUAUUUUGUCUUUGUUUCAUGUUAUAAUAAUUACCAUCUCCUUGAUAUCUGGUAACAGUAGUAAAAGCCACAUUUUCCAAAAAUAUAUAUUCAGAAGAGAAAAAAAAUGUUUUAGGUGUCUCCUGGAAGACUUAGCACUGUCAUUGUUAAUGUGAUAAAUGUUUAUUGCCAAUACUGUAUUAGAUUUUAUUUUGUUAAAAUUUUAUAUCAAAACUGUUUAAAGGAUUAGGCAACUCUGCCAAGAAAAAAUAUAAGCCCAAUUCUGAAAUUUUUCAUAGCAAGGUAGUUUAAAUUAGCAUUCUGUCAACAAAUAAAGAACUGAAAAAAAAUUUCUUUUUCAUGUUGAUACAUCACAGAAUAGGCAAACUCCGAAGCUUGCAACCAACUAAAUAUUUUUAUUUUAAAUUUAUUUCCAGUAAACCAAUUAAUCAAAUGUAAUGUAGUGCCAAGGUAAUUUCAGUUGAUGUGACUAUGUUGUAUUGAUAUUGAAAUAUACCCUAAAAGCAUGUACGUUCUUUUUUUAUUUUUUUAAUUUACCAAUUUUUGCAUUUUUUUAAAGUAUUUUUUAAUUGAUUUCAGUUGGUAUGAGCAGGUAUAAAUAUGGGCAUAUGUUUCAAAAGUACAAAAGGAUUUUUUUUUUUUAUUCAUAAAUUUUUGCAUUUUUAAUUUAUGCGUUUUGCUUUCCUUAAUUCCUAAACUUAAUGGCUAGAAAUUCGCUUAUAACUAAAAAAAAAAACUAUGCACCAAAAUUAAAUAAUCCUUCUUAUGUCUGAAAAUAAUGCAAUUUUUAAUGUAUGUUUAAAAUUUGCUGUCAGUUGGUGAGAAUUUGUACCAGUUAUGAGUUUGGUCAAUUUGAAAUAUGUAACUUCCGAAAAGUUUCUUAGGUGAAUGCAGUUAACUGUCAGAAACUGCACAAAAAUGCAGGUAUCUAAAUAUUUUUACUUCUCAUAAAACUUUGAGUGUAUUAUUUCAUUGUAUUAUGGCACACUUUUUAAGCAAAAAAAGAAUUUUCCUAAAAUCUAGAGUUGCCUAACCCUGGAAAAUAUUUCUCCGAUUUAGAGAUCACUUUAAAGUGUUCUAUCAGUACUUGUCAAGUGAUCAAUUCUACCAUCAUUUGGAGCAGCUAUUUCUUUCUGUGGAAAUAUUAUUGUCGCACUUUGAAAAAUAUAUUUAAUUCAGAAUUAAUUGUAGAAAGCAGGCGCAUUGGGUUAUGGUAUGUGUAUUUAUCAAUGCGUAAUAUAUAGAGCAUGAUUAGUUAAUAUUUAAUUUUAGUUUUCACAUACAAGUAUGCAUACUAAAGUUUUCUGCAUCUUAUUUGUUAUAUGUUUUUAUGCUUAAUCUAUCAAUUAAUUACUUUUUAUUAAUGAAUAAACUAACAACAUUUUUUUGUAUAAUGUAAUCUAUAAAAUUUUAUUUAAAGUAACAUGUUUUGCAAUUUUUGUUUUAAAUACACUAAAUCAUAUUCUCCUUUCACUUGUAAAGUAUUUUUAGUAUGUUUUUCAAGUGUUAAGUAUUAUUUUAAUAUCUAAACUACCAUGCUUCAUAUUUUAUAGUUCUUUGAAUCAUAUUUAUCAAGUCUUGCUUAUUUUUUUUAACAUUUUUUAUUUAUUAUUAUCUACGUAUACAGUGGAACACACUAAAGUUUUACGUUGUCUAUUCCACGCAUUAUUCGGCCUCCUGUGUCAUUUUCUGCUGGUUCAUGAAAAUUGCCCAUGCCAAUAGUGGUAAAUUGCUAAAUUAUUAAAACGUUAACCCUUUUUAAGAAAAUUGUGCUACAUACCUUAUCACACAGACUUUUUCUGAUGUUUUAUUAUUUUCUUAUUGUCCUUUUUUCUCUGAGAGGGGAUUUCCUCUUUCAAUUGAAAUCAGAAGUAUGAUGGGCAUAGCACGGGAAGAGACGUUAAAGGAAGUGUGGGAGCUUAAUUUGUGAAUGAAAUUUAUCCCAGCAAACUUCAUUCUUGGAACUAUCCAAUCAUUUGUAGAAAGUUACACUAGACAACUGGUUUGGCAAUCAUUUCUUGUUUUUAUUUUAGUUUGGUAACCCGCAAGUUGCUUCUAAAGCAAAGAUAAAUGUUCUGGAAACUCUGAAUUUGAUUUUUACAUAGUUGGACAGUGUCCACUUAAGUGUAUUAAUAUGGGUUUAAUGAAACACUUUGUGCUUCUCAAUAUCCAACGGGAACAUUUGUCCUUUGGAAAAAAAUCGUGUGACUUAAGUUUCUCACGAUUUACUUUAGUAGUUCAUCUUGUAAGUGAAAAUUUUUGAAAAAUAUAAUUAUAUUUUCUCCUUGAUUUUACGUUAUCCCAUUUUAUGCAUUUUUUUUUAAUGUUAGUCUGAUGAAAAACGUAAAAUCAUGGUUUCACUGUAUUAUGCAGUAAAUCUUUAAGUUCAUGAAUGCAUCACAAUAAUUGGUUAGUUAAAUAUCUAAACUUUCUGAUGCAUGUUGUAUUAAAUAUAAUCAACUUUUCUUAAGAACUACUGUUUAAGGUGAAUAAACAUGAAAAAUUUAUUCGUUUUUUUAUGCACAUACAAAAACAAAUGUCUGUUUUAAAAUAUAAUACUAGGUUUCAAUAUAUGCAUAUAAAAAAAACUUUUUUUUUAUCCAUAAAUAUAAAAUAUCUUUCUCUAAAUUUCAUGUUCUGUCAUAUUAUGCAGCUAAUAUGUUUUAUUUUCUAUGGGGUAAAAAGCUGUUAUUGUAAGUUGACUAAUAAUUAUUUAAAUUUUUUGCAUACGCUUUGUAGUCUCAAAAGUAUUUUCGAAAAAUAAAUUACUAAUCAUUUUAGUAAUUAGCAAAUAUUAGUCAAUGAACAAGUUCAAAUCAGUGAAGUGAAAUAAAGAAAUAUAUUUUUAUUUAAACUAAUGUUGUUGCCUUUUUUCUUUAUUACCAAUAUUAUUUUUGCAGUGAAUUUUUCUGCAAUCGAGUCGUUAUAAUUUUUUCUUGUUAUGUUAACUAUGCAACUACACAUCUUGAGAAAGUCAUUUUAUAUCUUAAAAAAAAAAAAAAGACUAGUCAAAGUAAUUAAAACUUUCAAACUAAUAUAUUUGGAGAAAGUGAUAAAUGUGUGGACUAUACGGAUUGAAAAAUAAAUUUAAUAACUCGCAGAAUUAUGAAAUUGUCUAACAAAUUUUAGAAAUUUUUUAAGUUUAAUCAUUUAGUAGCACCAAAACACUUUUACAGAUUUUAUUUUGGUUUAAAGUUAGCUUUAAAUUUGGUUUGAACAUCAAAUAACUGGUUUCCUGGCAUCUGUUGAAAAAUUAAACUUUUUACUCUUAUUUUAACUUAAAGUUAUUCAAAUAAAAGAACUUACAUAUUUUAAACAUAUAUUUUUUUUUUUAUUUUAUAAAAAAAUAUAUCUAAGAAGUUUAGUAUUUUCUGAAUGUUAAUUCUUCCACAGAGCUCUUCAUUUAUAAAUAACUUAAACUUUUAGUUUACUAAAAAAAACAAUGAAAAAAUAUUUUUUGAUCAUUUUUAUCUUUAUUCAUUUCUUAGAUGAGAUCAAAUAUAUGGGGAAAUGGUGAAAAAUUUGCCAAUGAAAUUUAUUAGCCUAUCAUAAAACAAUCAUAAGUAACAAAUUAAAUUUUCGCUUAGCAUAUAUAUUCUCAUUAUAAAUCUAAAGAGUUUCAUUUUUUAAGGGAUACAAAAUUAGAAGAUAAAUUUGUAUUUUUGUCGAAGACUAUUUAUUAACCAAACAUGGCCGAUGAAAUGGAGAAAAAGAGCAUUUAUGUAAUAUUCAGUUUGAUGUAUGUAUAUAUCACCUCAUUAAUUUUAAUGCUGUUUUGCAUGAAAGACAAAAUACAAUAUUUUAAUGCAGUACUGUGGCAGGCUUUGUUAGUUAACCCGCUUCCAUUCAUUUCUGUACCAAACGUCAUAUUAGGGUGCAAAAAAUAUUUUUUUACCGCAUAGUUAAAAAACAAUUUUUUUUUUUUUCUGUCCCUGAAUCAUUUUAUGCAAAAUCAGUUAUACAAUUGGAUCCAAAAUUUUUGUAUAAACUAACCAAUAAAAUGCCUAGAGUUUGUGCAUUAAUUGAUUCUAAAGGGGGUUAUUUUAAUCUAAAUUUUGUAAUAAAAUAUUUCUUUGCUUGAGGAUAAUAUUAUAUUUGGGUAAGAGUUAAUUGUGUUAUAUGGGAACUUAAUGUGCAUCUGGGUAAUACUAUGAGUGCAUUGAAAUUAAUUAAUGGUGAUAGUGGAUUUUUAAUUUUUCUAAUAUUUGGUAGUUUUCUAAACAUGUUUAAAAAUAAAAUAUAUAUAAUUUCAUAAAAAUGUUUAAAAUAAAAAAAUAAUUUAAUGUAAUGACUUGCAGUUUGGACAUUAUACAUAAUUGCUUUUUUUAUGAGUUAUUGUGAAAGUGUUGUAUCCGGAUUCUCUUACCUUGUUUUUAUCUUCAUUUUACUAUUCUUAAUGUGAUUUUAUUGAGAUGCUAUUUCCUUAAAAAUACUUUACAUUGCAAAAGUGUAUUUGAUACAGUGUAUUGUAAAUUAUAUAUAUUUUUUUCGGAAAUCCUAUGUGUACUGACAUGGAAAGGAAAAUGCUUUUAAGCUUUCAUUUAUUUGAUCAAACUAAAUUUUGACAUGUUAGAGAAUUAAUUUGAAAUGAAAAUAUUUUAUUCAUUGUUAUUACAAAUUUUGUACUUUUUUUCACGUAAAAUAACUAAUGCGGUAUGAUGCAGUUGGAGUGAGAGGAAAUACUAAUGUAAAUUUAUAUUCAAAAAAAUUUAUAUAGCCUUAAAACCCGGUGAAGAUAAUUUUUAUUUUAUAUAUUUUUCUUGACUCUCAACUUUUAUUCUAAAAUUACAAUUGAAUUAAUUUAGUUUUACAGAUCUCUGUAAAAAUAUAUCUAAUGAUUGCUUCAUUUUUUCCCCCUUAACUGAAAUUUGAGCUAAUUUAUUUUCACAAAAAUUAUGUUAUGGCAUUUUUAAUAAGCUGCCAAAUUUUGUUAAGGGUGUUAUGUCUAGAAUAUUAUUAAGCUUUUCAGCAGGAUGCUAAGAGUGUUAUAUAAAUAAAAUCCAGCAAAAAUUAAGUUUAUUAUAUUAUAUAUUAUUUUAUAUUUAUUAGUAUUAAUAUUAUUUUAUAGAAGUUAUUUGUAAUUUUCAACUGUUACCCUACUUAUGUUCUCUAUAAGAGGUUAAGAGAAUGUGCUCUUUUUUCCCCUCGUUUGCUUCUUUCUAUGGUAAAGAAAUAAAAGACCCCGAGUUAUUGAAAGUUGUCUUUGUUGCAAUUAAUUAUUGAACUAGGCAUUUUUUAACCUAAAUUUAUUUGAAGUGAACCAACUUGUCACGAUAUUUUCGAACCCCAAUUAUUUCAGUCAAUAAUUUAAGAAAGUGUCAUUGCAUUAUUGAAAUGUGUAUUUUUACUCCUACUUACAAUCAGCUAUUCAUUCUAUUUUAUUGAUAGAGGAGAAAAAAAGCUUCAAUGUGGCGUAACUGCUUAUCAUUUUAGUCUUUCAUGUUUAACAAAAUAAUAUGUUGAAAUGUGAGCAGCUUGUCUGUAUAUUUCUAUUCAUUAAUUUUUUUUUAUAUAUAUUAGCUAAAAUUUUCAUCUGUAACAUUAUUGUUAACAAAUUCUGUUAAAAAUGUGGCUUGAAUAAAUGUAUUUCUGAUACUUUUUAUACAUUGCAAAUUGUUCCUCAAAUUUAUAUGGAGAGUAGGCUUCAUUUUUUAACAUUUGUAUAGGUUGUUAAAAUAUACAGUUAGUAAAAAGAGUGCCAGUUACUUUGAAGAUUCUUUGUUGAUACAAAAUGCUAUCCUGAAAAUUUUACAAGAAGAUUAUACGUCUCAUGAGUAAUUAUCCCACUUUUAAACUACUAUAUUUUACAGUGUAUAAGUCGACUUUUUGAACCCGUAAAUUACGAUUAGGGUCGACUUAUAUGCCUGUAAUGCAUUUCGAAUCAAAAAUUUUCUGGAAAAUGUAUUAAACAAAAAAUUUUUUGUCUGUAAGAUAAAUACACACACACACAAAAUGCUCUCAAAUUAAAACUUAUGAAAAUGAAGUCAUUUAGUAAUGUUGGAUUUGAAAUGUCUCUCAAAGUCGAUUGCAGACAUUUUGCUUAUACUGUCAUCGUAAUUGGUUAUAAACCUAUUUUUCAAGAAGUGCAAAUUAAACGACUUAUUCACAGUUUACAUGCCAAAUUCAUUGUUUUUAAGUUAUCAGGCUGGAAAAGGGUUUUUUUUUUUUAAAUACAACAAAGAGGAAAUCUGACAUGUUAGAACUUUUGGGAAGAGGUGAGAUUUUAUAAACUUUAAGAAACUGAUAUUGGUGACUUGCCAAAAUGACAAAAAAAAAAAAGACAAUUUUCAUGAUCUGUUUGCCUGAAAUUUACUUUUAUGUCCCCAAAACUUUCAUGCAAGAUAGAAGCCUCUUUUUUUUUUCAAACCAGCUCGAUUUCUUUUUUCAUCAAAAAUAAUUUAUUCUCAUUUUUUGUUAUGGAAAUUUUUUAACCUAUAAUGAUUCUGCAUACAUUCAUUUUUCUCUUCACUCCAAAUUGGAGAAUAAGGCUUCAAUCAUGGCUUUCCAUCUCACUCUAUUUGUGGCCAGAAUUUUUCAGGUUUACAUUCUUGGCCAAUCCAUUUACGUUUUUUAAUUUCCGGAUCAAUCUGUUUCUGUUUUGCUUUCCUAAGAAUUUCUGCUUUAGGAAUUUUAUUUAACCACUUGAUACGCAAGAUUCUUUAACUGUUGUUAAUAAAUACUUGAUAGAAUGAUUCUGAUCUUUAAAAAAAAAAAAACUUUUUUAACCGAGUUCUAUUUUUAAAAAAUUAACUAAAACUUAAAAUCAGUCAAAAUACUUUGUAAAUUUACAUAUACUUUGAUGAAUUGUGUAUGAUUACAAUGAUCUGGUUCAUAUUGAAAUGAGCUGAAAGCAAAAAUACUUCUUCUGUUUAUAGAUGCAUAAUUAUCUUUUUAUGCUGACAAAAGUUACUGUGGUUCACGUCAAAAUUGGAUGCAUCCAAAAUACUUUUCUGGGAUUGCAAUAAAAUUUGAAAUUUUGAUAACAAAAUAAGUUGUCUUGAUAUGAACUCUCGUCAGAAUUUUUUUUCACCAUUUUCUAAAAAAAAUUUCGAAAAUGGAUUGAGCUGGUUUUAAAACCUAAAAACUAAUUUUAAACAAUCUGCUUUUUACUUUAUUAUAAGCUGCCCUUGUUUUGUGUGUGUGUAUCCCCCCCCCCAAAUGUCAAAAAAAUUUAAAAUAUGGAGAAAGAUUUUAACUUUUUUUUUUUUUUACUAAUUGUAUCAGAUUUAAAUGUUUUAAGUUUUUUCUCAGGGUUGAACUGUAUUGUAUUUGUUCGUUUUAUAAGAAGCAAAUUGUUUCUUAUUCAAAUUGUCAUUGUUGAAGUAUAUUCAGUUUUAACUUUUGCAUAGAACAUGUAUAGUAUAACUGAAUGUUGUAUGAUGUGUUUUGUUGAAGUGAAAAAAAAAUAUUUAUUUGCUUUAAAUGCCUAACAAUGAAUUUUGAAUGUGAGCUAAUGGUUUUAAGCAGGUAGCAUGUUUUCUUCUCUGUAAAGUUGUGGUUAAUUUAUUUUUGACUCUUUCUUAAUAAAAUUUUAAAAAAAGAUAA